AUGGCGACGGACGUGGGCCUGUGCCGCUUGGAGUUGCAGCCUGGGCAAGCUUCGCAAGUGGUGGGGAGUCAGUUGCCUACUUUUGGUUCCGCGGUGUUCUGGAAAGAUUAUCUUGUUUUUGUCACGCUGUUCGUGGGUCUGAAUUUGGCAGUGCGGCUAAACGAAAGAGUCAAAUUUGAGCCGUGGCAAUUCCUUGCACGCCUUGCGCUUGGGAGCGUGUCUUUCACCCGGCGUAAGACCGUGAAGGAUGCAGAGCCUGCACAGAUCGCGCGCAUUCCAAAAGAGAGCCUCGUGACCGGCUGCGCCGGAAACGCUUGCCUGUUCCGGGCGGCCAAGACAAUCCCAGCGCUGCUCAAAGAGCAAGCAGCGCGGAUUCCAGAUGCAACAUUUCUAGAAAUUUGGGCGCCUGGGAGAGGGAUCAUCCGAAACUUAAGUUUUCGCCAAUUUGCCAGUGCUGUCCAGAAAGCAACUGGAUGGUUGAAGGCAAAGGGCCUGAUGGAUCAGGAGCAUAUUGGGAUCCUUUCGCAGGACACAUUGGACUACAAAGUCCUACUACUUGCAUGUAUGCAGCUCGGAGCCGUACCCGUUCUGCUUAGCUGGAGGCAACCCCUGGCCAUUCAAGAAGCCAUGUUGUCUGCGGCUAAGUGCACGAAGCUCUUGGCCUCGUGCCAUUACGAGGCAGCUGCCAAAGAGCUAGUCAAGCAGGUCGAUGUCCAGCUUCUCCUGAUGGAAGGCAUGACUUGCGAGGAGUGGGAGGGGUGCGAGGAGAGUGAGGAGCCCAGCGAGGAGACCAACGGAUACGAUGGUGUGGCAGUUGUCCUUUUCACGUCAGGUAGCACGUCCAUGCCGAAGGCCGUCCCACACCGCCACAGCAGCCUGCUGUGGAACUGCCGGAACAUUUUUCGCGAGAAGUCCGAGGCUGCGCUGCUUCCGAACGCUGGGACAGUUUGUUUCCUGCCGAACUUCCACGCCAUCGGCUUGACCGUGAACUUCAUCUUUAACCUCUAUGCAGGGAUCCGCUGUGCAGUCUUGGAAGCGCCGGAAUCGAGUCCGGUGACCGUGGACUUGCUACUGGGAGCUUGUAAAGAUCUUCGGCCCACAGUCCUGAGCACGGUCCCGUGGGUGAUUGAGGCGAUCUGCAAAGAGCUGGAAAGAGGUGAACAAGCAGAUUCUUAUGCGGCUAUUUGUGGGCGUUUGCAUCACAUUGCCUUUGCAGGUGCACAGUUACCUGCAGGCUGCUCCGAGACUUGCAGGGCGCAUGGGAUCAGACUACAGGUGGAUUACGGGCAAACAGAGUUGGGCGGGCCUCUUCUCUUUGGCCGCUUAGGCGCCAGGGCGGACUUGCUGCAACCAGUGGCAGGUGCGACCUACUCCUUCCGUUCUUUGCUCAGCUCGUCGGAGGAGCCACGCCGUGGUGAGCUGGUGCUUCACGGCGCGCAAUCGGCGGCACAGGCGUACCUCAGAGGUAGCCAGGGCCGCCCAUUGACGAGUCCAGGGCAGCUGACAGCGGAGGAGUAUUGGACAGGGGACAUCUUCGAAGAAGUUGAGUGGGACGGCUCUACAUGGCUUCGUCAUUUCUCUCGCAACGAUGACCUGCUUGUCCACACGAGUGGAGAGAUGACGAACCCACUCCCCAUGGAGAAGGUGCUGGGUCGCCUCGGGCUCCGGGCCUGUGUGGUGGGCGACCGUUUUCCACGGCCGCUUCUGGUCAUUGAAGCGGAGCGAACCAAGGAUAAGAGCGCCUCCGAACUUUGGGCCGCCAUCGAGGAGUGCAACGCCUUGCAGCCCGAAUGGUCCCGAGUCCUGCCACAGCACGUGGUGUUGAGCCAGGACAUGCCCAUGAGCGUCAAGGGCGAGAUCCAGCGGCAGUCGUUGCAGAAGUGCAUGGAGCCCACGCUCUCCUGGCUGAUGUUGGGCGGGCCUUCCCUAGAUGUGGAUGCAGCAGCAGCAGCAACCUGGGUCAUAGACAACCUGGAGACAAAGGAGCCUUUCUUUGACUCACUUGCGAUGGCAAGGGAUCAGAAACCUCCGGCCGAACUUGGCCACUUCUAUUUUAUCAUGAUGUUUGGUGUGUUCCUGGGUCACCAUUCCUUCCUCAUCCGGAGAAUUCUGGAUGACAAGGCUGCCGGGAAGUAUCACGCUCUGAACAAUUUGUGGGGCACCAUGUCCAUGCAAGGAUUUGCGAUGUAUGCAGGCUACUUGGACGAGCGAGAAUCUCCAACAUUCCGCUCGCUUGGGCAGCUGCUUAUCCCAUGGGUUUUUGGACGACUCUUCAAAGUAGCGAAACCCGGAGUCGAUGGCAGCUGCGAUUAUCCUUGGUUCUUCAUGUUCAUGUUCUGGGCACGGCUUCUGCACAUUGUGACACGUUUUCUGCCUACACGCCGGGCGGUAUGGGUGGCACGGCUUGUGCUUGCAUGUGCCUUGCACUUUGGGACCGGCAUCACGGCUUCCACGAACUUUCUAGAUAUUGAGGGAGGUGCUCCGCAGCCACUGGCAGUGGCCUUGGUGCCUUACACUCGCCAGGCCGGCUCGCAUUUAUUUCUCUGGUACUUUGGCUUCGGGGCGCUGCUUGGGUGGACCAAGCCCUUCUUCGUGAACACGGCCCGAUGCAAGUGCUACGCAGCAUUGCUGCUGGCUGCCGUCAUGAAAUACUUCAGCAGCAUAAACUACGAGUACGAGCACGAUCCUUCAUCUGGCGCGGGCUACACUGGAGUCACUGCGGAUGUGGGCCAUUUGGGUCAUGACAUCUUCGUGGACAUCGCGCAUUGUUUAUUGUCCUUCCUGGCCCUUCUUUGUGUACUCAUCCUUGUCCCACGCAAGAAGACGGCCUUUAGCGAUGCAGGCGGCAACUCAGCGAGCGCUUAUCUACAAGGCCAGAGAUCUUUCGCCACAAUGUUUUUUGCCAAUACAUACCUUCUUGUAGAUCAGCUGGCUGUCGCUCCUGGCCUCGGUUGGACUGGAGCAGAGUCAGAGGCAAGGUUUGUCUGUGCUGCGAUGGCAACAUGCUUUAUAUGCCUCUUCGUAAGUUUGGGAAUGGAGCCGUUCCUGCCCUCCUGGCUGCACGGUAUCCCUGCAACUGUGAUCUAUGUGACAGUGCUCUUUGGACAAGCGUACCUCUGCAGCAUCCUCUCUGAGCGGCAUGGGCGCUGCUGA